AUGAGAAACCGUUUGCCUGAGGACCCCACGGCCACAACAAGAAGAUGGCAGAGAUAUGGGACCUAUGAGGAUUUUCCUAGCAGCUCAAACUCAUCGCCUACCUAUGCAGCGCCCAUACGUGCGUCCAUGCCACCUGCAAGGAUUCUACCGAAAAGAAAUUCCGAGCAUAGAGAUUAUGAUGGAUAUUUAAGGUCCAGAUGGUCAUGUACAGAAGCUAUACCACAUGAAUUUGACCCGGCAAGGUUGGAACUUGUAUUUCAAUCUCAGUAUAAGCCUCCUACUAAGCAUCGUGCAGCCCAGACAAGCGCCAAAGGUGGAAAUAAUAGCCUACAACCUACUACACUCAAUGGUAGGCAUUCCUACAGUCCAUACUCUUCUCUCGGGUCAAACUCCACAGACUUUACAGUUGCGUCAUCGCUAGACACCGACGAGGUCCCUCGAGAAGUAACUACUGGAGUAGCAACGGCACAGACGAUCACACAAAUGAGAAGCCCAACCGAGCCCAUUGAUCCCAUGCUCUACCUUGUAUCAAGCCCUGAGCCCGUUGAACCCGUUGAUCCUUUCCUCUACCUCGUACCAAGCUCUCCGCCCGUCGAGCCCGUUGAUCCUAUGCUCUACCUCGUAUCCACCCCUUCACCUCCGCCUGUUGAGCCCGUUAACCCUAUGCUCUAUCUUGUAUCUACCCCCUCACCUCCGCCCAUCGAGCGUAUUUCCGAUCGCAGAGUUCCAACCCCGCGUAUCAGGACCGGUUCUAAACCACUGCUUUCUAGAAGUGCGUUCGCCAAUACCACUCUCCCUCAUCCAGACGGCAAUGCGCAACGGCGACAUGGUGGUGGUGGGCCACGAUCACCAAAGGGCCAUUCAUCUACAUCCAUGUAUUUCCCAUAUGAGAGCAGGAAGGGGAGAUACAUGAACUAG